AUGAGGUCCAACGAAGAGGGAUUGCAAAAUCUGAAAAGUAAAAAGGUCCAAAUUGAUCCCUUGGCUGUAACUGAGUCUCUUGGAUUUCAGACGUUCAGAAGGGAUACAAGGAAGCCAUGGACGAAAGAAGAGGAUGAAAAACUAAUGUCUGUUAUAAGUCACUUAUAUCCACUUCAAAAUAAUUCCUUAGAAGUUGAUUCAAUUAAAUGGGAUAUCGUUGCUCAAAAUAUUUCGCCGAGUGGUUUGAGAAAACCAAAGGACUGUCGAAAAAGAUGGAGUAACUCUUUGGAUCCAAGUUUGAAAAAAGGAAAAUGGACGAAGCUGGAAGAUGAGCAACUCGUUAAAGCAUAUGAAAAGUUUGGUCCUUCGUGGCAAAAAGUGUCCGGGGAGAUUAAUGGCAGAACUGAUGAUCAAUGUGCAAAGAGAUACAUAGAAGUUCUUGACCCAAAUACAAAGGAUAGGUUGAAACCAUGGGAAAGAGAGGAAGAUUUGAAACUAAUCAGGUUGGUCAAGGCACAUGGAACAAAAUGGAGAACCAUUGCAAACGAAUUAGCUGGUCGGCCCUCUUUAACAUGUCGUAAUAGGUGGCGAAAAUUAGUAACAGAGGUUGUUCGUGGUAAAGCAGAUCUGAUAAUUAAAUCCGAAGUAGAUUUAGUAACUCAAGGGACUUCAAAACUGCUGGGCAGCUUCAAAGAUGGAACUAUGAUUGAGUCUGGAGAUAUUGCAGAGCCUUCUUUUCGAUCCUCUCUAUCGAACACAUAUUCGGAGAAUUUGAGUUCUCGAGUUUCCGAGCAUUCAAACACACUGGCACGUCAAAAGCCACAACCUUCGGGUAUUAGUAGACCAGUCCAUAGGAAAACCGAAUGGACUUAUGCAUUGACAGAUGAUCGGAAUGAUCAGAACGCGCUUACAAAGCAUUUAUUUGGUGCAAAUGGAGGUAAUAUCAAGAAUCAAGAAUUAGCACAAUACUUGGUUUCUUAUGCUCAAAAUCAGAACUUGAAAAUUGAUAUCCAUCAACAUAUACACCACCACUAUCCACCAGCACCUAGUGAAAAUAACAAUUUUCUUAAUUAUCAAUCUAUGCAUCUUCCUGGAAUAAUUAAUCAAGCCCCGUCACCAGAUGAUUUCAGUGCUAAUAGAAAGGAAGCUUUUAUGGAUUCAGAGCCUCUGAAGUCAAGAUAUCAGCAUUUUAAUUAUCUUCCCCCUUUGACAGAAGUGCCUAAACUCAACUCAUCCAGGUCACUUAACGAGAUACAAAGAUCGGAGCCUCCCCAGCAUCAUCAUCACCAUCACCAUCAUCAUCAUAGCAUACACGACACGUCAAGAGAAAAUGAUCGAGAGACAUAUAGGCAAAGUUUGUCUCAAAAAGAAGCUACCAAUUUAGAGAAAUUAUUGAACCAAAAUGAUCACCAACAAUCAUCUGGCUCGUUAGAUGCUUCUAGAACUGUGGGAGAAGAAUCUAUGCGUUCAGGUUCCUUGACUCCUCUAACGCAUGCAGUGGAACUAGCGGCCGCAGCAGAGGCUAAUGUCAGUAAAAGAAGACCAUCAAACUCAAGUGUCAAUGGUGGCCGAAAGCGAUCCAAGCAGAAUACUAAUGACACAAAGAACAAGGGUGCUGAGGACGAAGAGGGCGAUGGUUUCGAUUUCUGGAAUGCAAUGAGAAACUUAACAGACAUGGCAACACAGCAGAAUAAUCAGACCUCUCCAUCUCAAAGGUUUCAAGAAUUCACUCAAUCGAGGCAAAAACCUGUUUCGCAGCACCAUCCUCUUCAUUAUAGCAGAGGAAGCACAACCCCACAACCUCAGGUUCCUCAGAAUCUGUCUCAUCAGCAGAGAAGACACCGGAGGAAUUCAUCGAGUGGUAAUGAAGACUACGAAGAGCUCGAUGAAGAGGUUUUGAACUCAUAUGGUUUAUUCUAUAAUGUUUAUACCAAAGAAGGCUCGACUUUACCUGAAACCCAACCACAAAAGCUAUCGCUUGAAGAUGAUAUGAUAGACUUAUAUGGUACUAUUCCAUUCAAUCCUUCAUAA